GAUGUAAUCUCCGUGCGACGGAACCGUGGUGGUCCAUGUGUAAAACAGUGCAUGGAAGCAGAUUGUCACAGGGAGAGAAAAUCAUUGACAUCGACAGAGAACAGCGUGGAAUCAUGUCCUUGAGGAACCACAUCGUAGCUAAAUGCUUUGCAUGACAGCUAAGCAACCCACAACAGGGAGGCCCUGCCACCAGUAGACCUUGUCUGAACCCAGUGGGUUUGUGUUUGAUCCUGUGGAGAUUAGACUUUUUGUUGUUUUAGCAUCCCCCUGUGGGUGGUGCUGUGGUCCUGCAGCUAUGGCACAGAUGUACUUCUCCACCCUGGACUAUGUGAUCUUUGCUCUGCUGCUUGUGCUCUCCUCGGGUAUAGGGCUGUUCUAUGCCUUUACUGGAGGGCGCCAGCGUACUACACAAGAGUUCCUGUUGGCUGACCGCAGUAUGAGCUGCCUGCCACUGGCACUCUCGCUCCUCGCCACCUUCCAGUCAGCUGUGGCCAUCCUGGGUGUCCCUGCCGAGAUCUACACCUAUGGUACACAGUACUGGUUCCUAGGCAUCUCCUAUAUCCUGGGGUUGCUCAUCCCUGCUCAUAUCUUCAUCCCCAUCUUCUACCGACUCAGGCUUACCAGCACAUACCAGUAUCUGGAGUUGCGGUUCAACAAAACUGCUCGAAUUUUAGGGACUAUUACCUUUAUAUUCCAGAUGGUGAUAUAUACGGGUGUAGUACUCUAUGCCCCUGCACUGGCUCUCAAUGCAGUUACUGGCUUGGAUCUUUGGGGUUCAGUGUUAGCAAUUGGCCUGGUCUGUACUGUGUAUACAGCACUGGGUGGUCUGAAAGCUGUAAUCUGGACAGAUGUGUUCCAGACAGUGGUCAUGUUUGCAGGACAGCUGGCAGUUAUAGUGGUGGGGACAUUGCGAGUAGGUGGGAUGGAGCAGGUCUGGAGCAUAGCACAGGAAGGAGGCCGCAUCUCUGGAUUUGACUUCAAUCCAGAUCCUUUUGAGCGACACACUUUCUGGACCCUGUCCUUCGGAGGAAUCUUUGUGAUGUUGGCCCUGUAUGGAGUGAACCAGGCCCAGGUGCAGAGAUAUUUGAGUGCACGCAGUGAGAGAGAGGCCAUCAUAUCAUGUUAUGUGGUGUUUCCCUGUCAGCAGAUUGUUCUGGCUCUGGGCUGUUUGGUGGGCCUGGUGAUGUAUGCAUACUAUAAAGAGGACAAUCCGCUGGCCAACGGUUAUGUCAAAACCACAGACCAGAUGGUGCUGUACUUUGUGAUGGAUAUUUUGAAGGACCUUCCUGGACUUCCAGGGCUCUUUGUGGCCUGUCUGUUUAGUGGAGCUCUCAGUACUAUUUCCUCAGCGUUUAACUCCCUAGCAACGGUUACUAUGGAGGAUCUGAUCAAGCCAUACUUCACAGCAAUGACAGAGUCUAGAGCCACUCUGUUAUCCAAGGGGCUAGCUGUGGCUUAUGGAAUCAUCUGUUUGGCAAUGGCCUACAUCGCAUCUCAAAUGGGUUCAGUGCUGCAGGCAGCCUUAAGUAUCUUUGGGAUGGUUGGGGGGCCUCUGCUCGGUAUCUUCUGUCUUGGAAUCUUCUUCCCUUGUGCCAACUCGACUGGAGCCAUCACUGGCUUGGUAUCAGGCCUGGUCAUGGCUUUUUGGAUUGGAAUCGGAAGCUUUGUGUCUCGUAGCUCCCCCCCUCUCAUUCCAGUAAAUGCCACUGUUUUACCUGAUGUAGGAAACAUGACAACUGCUGCUAUGACUACACUUAUCGCUGCGGCAAAAACCAAAGCACGCACAACUGGUCUGAAGAGGUUUUACUCUUUAUCAUAUAUGUGGUACAGCGCACACAACUCUGCCACUGUGGUCAUCGUGGGACUGAUUGUCAGCUUCAUCACAGGUCCAAUGAAACCAAAGGAUGUGAACCCGCGCACCAUCUUCCCUGUGCUGAGCUCCCUGCUCUUUUUUCUGCCAGAGAGAUACAGAGAUAAGCUGUGCUUUAGAGUCCCACUGGACAAGAGGGAUGAUGAGCACUCUGCCCAUCGGUACAUGAUGGCACAGAAGAAAUGUGAUGGUGGUCCUGUUACUGGUGACGUGGAUAAGGUAGAGAACGUUGCUCCUGCUCCCCUGGGGGAAGUAGACGCAGAGAGCUCACCUCAGAUACAUCGCUGCAUUCAUGUAUUCCAUGAGACGUCUCUGUGAAGCACUUUCAACUGGAGACAACCAGCAAUGUCCACAGAGGAGCCCACAAAAAUGGCCCAAAAGUGAGUGUCUUCGGAUAGACAACCUGUGGAUCCAGUAGAGUCCCAAUAUUUUUUGGCCUCUCGCUGUGGGGGAAAAAAAUAGCUGGGUGUCCUUCCACUCCCUGUUCUGCUGCAAUGUGUCUGUGUAUCACAGAAACUUGAAAUGUUUAAACCAAGAAUGCUGGAUAAAAAAACAAAAACACAAAAGUUUAUGCCAACCAAAUAUUGAUUUAAAAUAAAAUCUGCCAAUACAUAAAAGGUGUAUACUCUGGUCUCGUUCUUAGGGAAUGGGUUGGAAUCACUGUGCAACCACUUCUAAGACUUCUGUGACCUUGAUGUCUAAAAAUCUAAACACAAUAUGAUCUAUCAACAGUACAAACAAUAGCAGCAAUUCUGGGAUAAUUGUAGUUGGUUUUAAAUUAAUUGACGUGUUAAGAGUUUAGAUGAUCUGAAACUCUAAAUCCCUCCUGUGUUAAAGAAUAUCUUGUUUAUGAUAGUGUUAUUUAAAAAAUAAUUGUUAUGAUAGAAAGACAUAGUUUGCUGAGAGAAUCAUAUAUGCUGCUAAAUAACUGGUGUGCACAGUCAGUUGAGGAGAGGUGUGCACAGAGGAGGUUAAAAAGAUUUUUUUUUUUGUCUGAAAAUGUCAAUAUCUUGUAUUUUUUUUAUUUUUUUUUUAUUAGACUAUUUUAAGGUGUAAGAGAUACUUGAAAUUUCCCUAUGCACUAAAACAUUAGAAAAAGACCUAGAUGAACUCAGAAGAAGGUCUCCACUGGGAAAUGGGGCGAGCAGAAGGGUGCUGAGGCAUACUUAUGUACCAACCUCCCUUGGAGGUGAGUUUCCACUGAAACAUGCAAUCCAAACUGAACAGAUCCCAAUCAUUUGUUCAAGUUGUUCAAAGUUAUUUAUUGUACAAUCAGUUAUUUCUUUAAACCCUCGAGAGUGCCUCCCACUAGACAAAUAUAUUAAGUUGUGAUUUCAUAUUUUAAAGACAUGAUUAUGUUCUGCAAAAGUAGGACACAUUGGUGGUAAUUUUUCAAAGCAGUGUGCGUUCUUAAAUUAAGUACCUGAUUUGUGUAUUUGUAGUGUAGUUCCAUUAAUCGGCUGUUUUUGCAAAUUGAAAAACAAAAAAGUGUAAAACUUUUCAACAGAACGUGCAAUAUCUGAAAUUCUGGGAUUCUUGUGGUUGGGAUUACAUUGUAAUUAUUUUGUUAAACUAAAACUGAUUUUAGUGUUUAUAGCUAACAACAUAAUAUCCUAAAUCACACCUGGUGUAUACUUCACUUUGUUAUACAGGAUUGUCAAUGUUAAGUUUUUAAAGAAAUGCAUGUAAUAGCAUGGAUUUUUAUUUUAAACUACAAUAAGUUAGAUAUCUCUUUUUGCAUGAGCCUUGUUCUUCGGUCAUUUCACCUGGAGAGUGGAUUUGUCCUCCUCCCUUUAGCGCCUUCUUUUCUGUCAUAAACCAAACAGCUGCUUCUUCUAUGACUGGCAUGCAUUGAGCCAGUAAAGUGUUUUGACCCAGAAGACCCGGCUAUGGGGAAAUGACCUCAGAAGUGCAAGUGUAAUAGAUUUCCUGGGAGUAAGGCAUAGAAAAUGAGAACUAACUUUGCAUCCUAGUGUAGUACCAGAUUUUGUGUCAUGUUUUAAAAUGAAAACACAUGUUUACUAAAACCUGUGUUUUCUUUUAGAGCAGCACAUUUAAGACCUAUUUAACUAAUUGAAGUGCAAACAUUUAUGGAAAUAUUUUGUUUACUACAAUGUCUUCAAAUUGAAAGAAAAAAAAGUUUUGUUAUUUGUCUAAAGAUAACUGUCAUAAUUUAAAAUGUAAUCUCAUGCCUCUACUUAACCACCUCUCAAUACUUUAUGCUGCAGUUGUUGAUUUUAUGUGGCUCAGAACAUUCAUGAACACCAGGAAACUGUAAGGAACAAUUGCUUCUGUUGGUGACGUUAUUGUGUGUUUAGUUCAGAGCAUUGGUAUUCAUAAAUGAACAAAUAAACAUGUUCACCUAUAAUAUGCAGAGAAACAAAAAAAUCUCAGUAGAAUGUCUGUUUAGAAGUUCUUGAAUACAUUUCUACAUUGACUCCAUUACAAAAAGGAGUGUGGUUGGUAUGGGCCAGUACCACUACAUCAGGAAAGUUGACCUUUUAUCGUUUCACUGCCUCAGAAGCCAUUGCAUCAGUGCAAAAGUUAUCAUUGCAGCUUAACGACUUCAGAUAUUACCGAACAAGCUGUAGGGUUUAAAAUGCAACACAUUACUUUCCCUACCUUUCUGCUUUGUUGUGUGUAUUCCUGCAAUAGCCUUUUCAACAUAAUUUGAAGUUUAGGUAUUUUAUUAACAUCAAUGGUCAUCAGUCACUUUUGAGCAGUUAUUUUUGUUCGAAGUCAGUUAUGAUCAGGUCUUCCUGUCAAAAUGCCUUCUUAAUUCACAACAUCGGUGGUUUCAGUUCAACCUGUUCAAUCAGAAACAUUUCAUUGGUUCCCGACUGUUCUCCCAAAGUUAGCAUUUUGAUAGGUCCAUCUGUCCUACUACUCGCUCCGACACAGGUUCAGAGGGGCCUGAACAGGUUUAUGAAUAUGCAGGACAAACGCCAUAUAAUGGCAAUAAAUAAAUAAUCUUAAUAUUGCUUAAAUCUAAGUAAUUCAACAGUGUUUAGACAGAAAGCAGAUUUCAUUCUGUGCUGCAAUGUCUUUAACACAUUUUGAGUAUAUAAAUAUUGAUCUAGUUGAAUGUAUGACCCCUGUACACCUUGCAUCUUCAAUCUAACCGGGUUGGAGUCUGUAAAGGUCGUUAUCAUUAUACAGGGCUCAGAAGACAAUUUGACGGGAAGACUUAACUGCAUAACUGAUGUGAAACAAAAAUAUCUGCUAAAAACGGAUUUAUGGCCAGGGAUACAUUAAUAUAAAUAUCAAAUUGUGCUUUUUGUUGAAGAAGAUAUUGCAGGAAUAUGUAAAACAGAGCAGGAAACUACAGAAAGUAAUGUGUUGUGUUUGAAACCCUGCAGCCUGUUCAAUAAGACUUUAAUCUUCAUGAGCAACACCUGGAAUUACUGUGUGUGUGUGUGUGUUUGUAAUUGCUUGUUUAAUGCUAAAAGCGAAGGGUGAUUUGUUAAGUGAGUUUUUGCAUAAAUAUGUGUGUUGUGUUUAGGUGUAACCAGAUAUCUUGACCUCAGCACCCUUAUAAAUAAAGCAAGAAAACACUUGCUGUUGAAGUGCUUUGAUAAAUUCUUUUUAGGUUUUUUCGGUGGGUAGUAUAUGUGGCAGAUCUCCCUAAUUAAUAGGGUACAGGUGUGUGUAUGUAUGUGUGUUUCAAAUGACGAACUCCUGCAAAGUGAGCAUCAGUUUUCUGUUAAAUAUCUUUCAUAUACAUUUUCUGUUUGUUAUUUAGACCAUAGUUAUUUUUUUGUGUAUGUGUAUUGGUCCUGUUUUAAACUAUAGUAGACGAGAUUGCAUGUAUUUAUGUAUGUAUGUUCUAUACAGCAGUGUGCACAUUUUAUUAGAACCCCCCCCAUUGCUUCUGUUUUGAUUUAUUGUGCAUAUGAAAAAUCAAAUCUGAAACUGAAAAUCUUGGAAAAUUGUCAAGAUAAGCAAAGUAGUGAUUGUCUAAUGUAACUGACUUUUAAUAGACCACACAUGCAAUUAAUUUAAAAUAGUAAGAGAAAGGGAACACAUAGCCACAAAUGAUAACAUGCAUGAGGCUUUUUAGAAGUUGUUUAAGAUGCUUAAAAGCACAAUGCAGUGUAACAAUUUCACACAUGGGUGCCUAAUGUUUCUACAUCACUGGUUUACUGACCAGUAGGUAUAUAAAGGAUAUAAAUAACAAAUCUUGAGGUGUUCUUAUAAAUUUGCACUCUUUCUGUGCUACUGUGCCCCUAUCUGUGCGUGUGUGUUUACUUCUGUGUUGUAUACUGGUUCCUGUGAGUGUAUUUGCAGUGCUAUUGACAUUUAGGCAUCCAACAAACUGUCCAAUUGGUUGGUUUUUACUCCCUACAAAAUGCUGUUUUUUUCCAGUAAUGGUAACCGGGCAAAGUUCCUGCCUGAUUGAGUUGACGAGCUAGAAAUUCAGAAUUCUUUCUCGCUGCUUUUCUGAAAAAAAUAUUAAACUACAGUACAUCUCAAACCUGUACUAACAUAUUAUGCUUCUUCAAUAUUGAUGUGGCAAGUAGCAUUUCUAGAAGUAAAAGCAAUUCAUCUUUAAUUUUCGCAUUUACAAUUCCUUCAAAAAAAAGAAACUUAAAAUACAAGUGCUUCUGUUUAAGAAUGUUUGAUAUUGCAGAAAUCUGUGUUUAAGUCUUUCAGUGUGAGGGAUUAUGGUUUGACGGUGUGAUUUGAUCAGAUUCUGUUUGUGCUACACACUUGACUGCCAGCUUCUCCAAUUUUGUGGGGGAUAAAAGAUCGGGAUUCCGCUGUUCACUAAAAUGGUGUAUUGUUUGCUGUAUAUAUCAGAUACAAAAUGUACAAUUGCCAAUAUAGAUAGAGUUUUUGAUUUUGCCUUUUGUUAAUUACUGGAAAACAUUAGCAGGGCGUCCAGAUCAUGUUUAUGUUUCUAUAUAAUUCAAUAAAGCCAAGGUAACCUUUUUUUAAUGCACUGAGGUAAAUUAUAGAAAACAAGAGAUCUUCAUAAUCUGGGAGACCUGCUAUAGCAUGAAAGAGCCUUUGGCUGUGUUACCCAGCAGUGAAGUCACUUGGGAUGUGUCCUCGUAGAAAUAUCUACAUGAUGUCACAAGGGCUAGGCGCUUCCAUUCACUAAAUUCUAAAGUAUCCUGUAUUUCCAAGGCAAGCCUCUAGAUUAAGUCAUAAUCAUGUACCAGUUUUAUAAAGCUUGCCUAUUUUUCUACCUUUCCAUAAAACUGAAGUUUUGUCCACACAUCCCCUACAUCAUCUCUGCCUAGCCCUAAGCCCAGCCAUGGCUCUGCAUAGGUAACCUCAGGAUUAACUUCUGUGCAUAUCAUACAGUCUGCUGCUGUUUUAUGUCCAGCAGCCAAACAAAAUGACUGCUGUUGAGUGAAAGAAGUAACAAGUCAAUAUGUUAAACUUGUUAGUCCUGUCUAUUUUUCAUGGCCACUAUAGCUGAUGUCAUGUAAGGACAACAUGUGCUUUAAAAUAAAUCAACAAUGAUAUCUAGUGUUUAGAAAUGUACUUUCCUAAAGUGACAUUAGUACAAAGUUAGGAAAGUUGAUGUAAAUGGUUUAUCUAGAAUAUAAAAUAGAGGAAAUCCUAGUUGUCCAGUAUGGGUUGGUGUUGGUACCCAGCCCCCUUCUCCAGAAGAGGCCUGUGGGAGAGCAAGUUUCCAGUCCUGAGCCUCAGGUACGAUUCUCCUUUAUAUGUCUUUUUUUGUCAGUGUAGCAUUGCACUGGCUUGUUGUUCCUUACUGUGAUUGCUACCAGAGAUCAUUCCAUGAUUUGUAAUUUAAUCAGAAAGUAAAUUAAAGCAAUAUUGAUUAUC